AGUAUCAGAGAGAGAACAUAUAGAUUCUGAUGGCUAAUAUGCUUGAUUUGAUUAAGGAUCUUAAUCCUUCUAAAGAGCGAUGGAGGAUAAAGAUGUUAUUGGGUUGUUGUCAGUGGUAAUUGAGCGGAAGGAAGUGACAAAAAAUGGUUCUCCAUUGAAUAUGAUUUCAUUUGAACUUGAUGAUUUAAGUGGUAAUAAGCUUCGUUGCACUCUUUGGGAAAAUUUUGCUAUUGAGAUGUGUUCAGUUAUUGAUAAAAGUUGCAAUGAAUUUGUUAUUUUCGUCAUUCAAUUUGCAAAGAUGAAAUCAUGGAGAGGUGUGAUGAGGAUUUCCAACACCAUGUUCAAUACUAGGAUCUUUAUAAAUAACUAUGAUAUUCUUGAAGUUUUGGCAUUUAAGGAGAGAUAUCUGUGGAGCAGCUGAUGCAACUUUUUAAUUUCAUUACUGCUCAAGCGUGUUUAAUAUGAUUGUUUCUGCAUCAAAUUUAGAUGUUUUUGUGCUUGUGAAAAUAUACAUAAUGCUAUUUCUGUCACAGUUAUGCUCUUUCUCUGUCUUCACUGUGGUAGUUUGAAAAUGCUAUGUAAGAUGCGCAUGAUGUUUUUUUCUUUGAGCAGGAAGAGGGAGUAGAUAUAAUUGCAAAUUCACUUCAUCCAAGAUUAGUUGUCAC